AUGAAGCAUAUCAGAACUGAAAUCAUAGAUAUGACGGAACAAAUCGGUGAUUUGGUCGACGAGCUCGUUGCAUGCCAUGCACCACCAAUUCCGUUCUCGCCAACCAUGUACAUAGACCUCGAAGGCGUAAACCUCUGCCGUGAGGGUUCCGUUUUGAUCUUCACCCUUCUAAUCGAUACUGUCAUGCCGCCUGGACGCGUCUACCUGAUCGAUGUGCACACCCUAGGCGCACAAGCAUUCAACACUGCCGGUGCCAAACAGAAGACACUGAUAGACAUCCUUCAAGACGAAAAGAUUCCAAAGGUCUUCUUCGACGUUCGAAACGAUUCAGAUGCGCUGUUUGCGCAUUUCGACGUGGCGCUGCAGGGGGUCGGGGACGUCCAGCUCAUGGAGAGUGCAACGUGGAAGACCACAGUAUCUCUAAAGUUUUUAAGCGGCCUGGCCAAAUGUGUUGAGACAUAUCAACCCAUAUCCUACGGUAGCGGCGGACUAGCUAACUGGAAGCGGGCGAAGGAGAAAGGCGAGCGAUUGUUCAAGGCUGGACAUGGCGGCUCGUAUGAUGUGUUCAACCAGCGUCAGAUCCCAGAGGAUAUCAUAUCUUACUGUGUCGGUGACGUCCAGUAUCUCCCUGAGUUGCUGAAUAGGUUUUGA